ACCUCAUACAUUUCUGGACGUAGGUACUGAUGAAACUAAAAUCUCAAAUAUUGAAUGAUACCUACUAAAAGUGAAAAUUUCUUCGUCUCCUAUGAUUUCCAGACAGAAUGUUUCGGUUUCAUUUGGAGAACUUAACAUAGUUGUUCGAUUGGUACUUCCUCGGGUUCUUCUCUACAUUUUCGAUAUUUGAAGUGAAAAAAUGCCAAGUUUAUGUUGUGAAAUAGGUGCUUAGUUUGUUGACAAUCACGAUUACGUCUGAGUUUGAGAUUUAAACAAAGUGAAAUGUUAGCUGAAUGCUCCUUAGAAGACGAGGACCCAUUAUUUGUCAAGUUAAAAUUCGAGCAUGAAUUCAGAAAGAGGAGGACAGACAGAGAAGAAAUCAGGCGUAGACUGGCCACAGGUUCAGAGGAGGAGUUUUACUCAGACAGACCUGGAAGAAAACCAAGUCUGCAAGCAAGACUGCAAAGUGGCAUGAACCUGCAGAUCUGCUUCAUGAACGAGUCUCUAUCGGACACGGACAGCCCCACCUCCGAUUCGGAAGUGCCCGUCAUCUCCCCCCACCGACUCGACACCGUCACCCCCAGUCCGUCGCCAUCUGUCCCACCCGACGACAGGGCGAGACGGCCGGCCGCCCGACCAGCCACUCUGGCCGUUGGACCGCCAGUGCGCCGGCCGUCGGAUCGGCCAUCGGCGGAGAUGGACUUCUUCGCCAGGCAGGCGCGACUGCAGACGGAGGCGCGGAUGGCUUUGGCGCAGGCCAAGGAGAUGGCCAGGAUGCAGAUGGAGAUCGAGAAACAGAGACAAAAGAAAAGUCCCAUAACUGAAAUGAUCCGCAAUAGCAUGGAAAAGGUAGGAAUACCCUUUCCAGAAGAAAAACGACGUUUAUCCCGACAAAUACUCACCGACAUGAAUGUGGCCCAGCUGCAGGUCAUCGUAAACGAUCUUCAUACUCAAAUUGAAAGUUUGAACGAGGGAUUGGUUAAAUUCCUAAUGAACCGAGAUGAUUUGCACAUGGAGCAAGAUUCUAUGUUAGUGGAUAUUGAGGAUCUGACCAGAUAUCUGGGCGCCAAAGAACAAGUGAACCAAGACCAAAAUAUCAACAGCCAUUCGAAGAACAACAACACCCCUCCAUCCCCUGCACCCUCUUCACCCCUCUCAGCUAUAAACAGCACCGUGAAGCCGCACCUGAACAGGAUAGCGAACCUAGUGAAAAAAUAACGCAUUCAAUGAUAACGGGCUAGCUGAAAUAUUGUAAGGUUUCCGUUCUCCUUCUGUAAAUAGGCUUGAUUGGAUGUUGACUGCUUGAUGUUUGAGGUUAGAAAAAUGGUGUGAGCGAGAGAGGUCAGGUAAACAUGUGUGGUAUGUGGAUUUUGACUGAUUUUUUUAUGUAUAUUUCAAGUUCCUAUGAGUAGAAAUCGAAUGAGAAAAUUGGGGAGCCACGUGAAAUGUUCCUUGACUUAACACUGAACCAAAUGACUUGGUGUAAUCUCAAAUGUUUAAAGUCAUCCAUCAUCUAAGAAGAUUUUGUCUAUUAAUACACAAUCAUGGUCGAUAGAAUUAUUCAAUUCGGAUUGAAUAAGGCAGAGAUACAUAUGGUUUCCAAGAAAUCAAAGCGAUUUUCAUUUGAAUACUGAAAUUAACAUACAAAUCUAUAUAUGUAUAUACAAAAUACAGGAGGAAGGAAUUUCACACAGAUCAGCUCAAAAUCAGUAAAAACAAACAGUAAUAGCCUAAAGUCUGAUUGCAGUUAGGAACUUUCGGGAUCUAGGAAAAUGUUCCCAAAAUCUUCUGACAGUCUUGGGUGCACUCUAUAUGAAAUAAUUAUAUACAAUACUAUUAUACAAAGCGUCAUGAAUUUCGUUUUGUCAAAAAUUUUAUCAGAUUGUAUCUUUUUUUCUUAAAAAUUUGAAUACGUAUUUCAUCGAUAUUGAACACGUAAUGGUAUCUAAAUGUGAUAAAAAAAUGUUUUGGCUCGUUAGAAUUGAAAAAACAAUUUUCUGUAACACUGUAUAAUAGUAAAUAUAGUUAAUGUUGAAAACACAUUACCUACCACCUCCUUCCAGAUAUACGUCGGUGAACAAAGCACCCUGUAUAGAUAACAUCUUAUUGAUUUCCAAUACAAAUGUGAAGCCAACUAUGAAGAAAAACAAAUAAUUGGUUGGAAUAGAUAAUAUGCGCGUGCGCGAGUUCGACAAAUUGAACAAUACUCAUACUUCAAAUAAUUCAAAACUCAUAAUACUCAUGAACCUUUUUUCGCGGAAUCGUUUUUUGAUUACAAAUCUUAGGACCAUUAUUAUGAUGAUAUUGAUUAAAUACCUCUGAAAAGGUAGUAGUGCAACUGUGAUCAUUAAUUCUGGUGAAGUAUACACGCCCUAUAUUGAAAAUUACAGGCACAGAACUCAUAUUCUUUGGCAAAAAUAAACUCGUUUCAAUGAGAUACUGGAAAUUUGUCAGUUCUUGGAAAUAGAAAAUAUCUCAGCCGUUCAAAAGUUAACUAAGAGAUGGGUUACUUUGUGGACACUAUGCAAUGCAAUGUAUAUCUAUGAAAUAUUCGAUUUAUGAUAUGAACAUUAAGGCGAAUUUAGCAGACGCAUAAGCACAAUUUAUUUCACAACCCCACAACAGCAAUGGGCCUCUCCAGUCAUUCCUAGAAAAAAUAUAUCUCGAUAUAUACGGCUCUUCAGUUUUUGGAGAUAUUGUUUUUCUUCAAUUCAUCUAAUAAAAAAUAAUAGAAAUGCCAAAAUUAACGAGCGUAUUCGAACGAUCAGACAUGUCAGCGAAACGUGAAACAUCAGAAAGCGAGUAAUUUGGAUUGGAAAUGUCAUCACCUUCUCGCAGGGACGUGACAAUGUUGCCAAUUUGGACAAAAACUAUGAUUUGUCGGAUAUUCAUUUCUCGAUUUCUUUCGAUUCAGCAUAUGAUACCGAUGCUGUUAGAUGACACAACUAAUACCUAUUCACCUAAAAAUUCGUGUUACUGAACAAUUGAGUUGCAUAAUUAGUUAGAUGAUUGAUUAAUGUUUGUGGAUUAUUUAUAAUGAUGAGUGAAAUUUAAUUUUGUAUUGAAUUACAAUGCAUAUAUUCAUUAUAUCAGUUCUGAAUCCCUUCCAGCAAAGUACUUUCAAGUUUAGGUACUCACCUAGGUACCUACUUAUAUACCUUUCUACCAUAUGAAAAGGAACAAACUUUGAAUCGAUCAAUACUUGAUUGCUCAGUUAGUUCCAUUUUCUAUACAAGCAUCACUGCAUUUUUGUCAAUAAUAUUGAGAAAUGAGAUCUGUGAAGUUAUACGGAGAAUGAGGUAUUUCUACUUGGCAACAUUGUGUUUGCGCCAGCUGCUUCGUCUCUUUCUCUUUUAGACAUGAUUGCCACAUUAGCAAUUAUAUUUUCCGGGAAUGAGUACUUGAGAUGAAUAAAUACUGAUCAAUUUGAUGAUUAUAUUAAUUAGUCAACGAAAUCGUAACAUCAUAACUCCAACAAACUGAACAAAACGGGAAACCAUGUGAAAAGUGUCUUAUUGUUAGAUGCGCGUGUAUCACAUUUUAUCCUAACCAAUCUUGAAACUUAUAUUUCACAGUUCAGAGUAAAUCGAAUGCGAUCAGAAGUGAAUUACCAAUUGCCUAAUACAUAGUAAUAUCUAAUCAUCGCAUUCCUUGCACCAUUUUGUACAUAGGAUCAAUCCAAGGAUUUUAUAGAGACCUGGCAACAGUGGCGUGCUUCCGAGACGUCACAAAUUCUAACUAAUUGAGUUGCAACCAAAUGUUGCAGUCACUGUCAUCCGACUUUCAAGCCUGAAAGACAUAAUUGAAAUAUGCAUCGCGUCCACCGAACUGACGCCAUGCUAUCAGCAUUAAAUUUAUUCAAAUUCAAAUUGUUAUUGGUACAAUAUCUCUUUUAAAGAAAGCACAUCGUAAACAAGAUACGGCGUCCCCAGAACAGUAUUCUUGCAAAAAUAUUAUUCCAAACCAAAGAGAUCUGAAAACAAUUAUUGAACUGAGAUACCCAGACCGAUACCGUAGAAUUCUGGCUGUCAGAAAACGUUUCGUCAUGCUCUCAUGCUCAUGCAUCCCCUGAAUUCACCUUGAGUAAAUGUCUGAAGUUUGAAAUCAAUACUUAUAGGAUAGAUGGAUGAUGGCCAUACUUUUCUGGGAGGUCAGUUCCAAUCGAUUUUCCAUUCAAUAUAGAUUUUCAGUUGUUCAUAGCUAAGUAGGCAUUGUUGAAAAAUGAAUUUCGGAUGUGACACAGUCACAGUAAAGAGUGAUCAUUGUUUGAACGUGAUUCGAAUCUGGAAUGAUAUUACCUAUUUACUUUAUGUUUGGAUGAUGUGGAUAGUUAGACCAUUUAUAAACGUUUUAAUGUUGAUUGUCUAGUGGCUUUAGAAUGUUUUCUGAUCAAGUAGUAUACAAGAGGAUUUACCUAAAAUAUCAAAACAGGAUAUGUAGUUUCCGAUCAUAAAAUGAGUAGCUAUAUGAAUAUGUAAACGAGGAUGAAAAACAAUUCAUUACAAAUUAUUGUCUUGACUCUCACUUGACAAUUCAAUUGAAUUUAUAAAAGCUAUUUUGUGUCUAACUUUUGUACUCAGCAAUCUCCCAGAAAUGGUUAAUAAAGUACUUUUUCUUCAAAACAUUUUUGACAUUCCGUGCGUCGAUAUAAGACGGUGAAUUUUGGCAUUGUCAUGUUAUUCCAGCGGAGCGAAAGUAUCGUUGCUAGGAUAACUACUUGUUUUUUCACCUUCGCUGACGAGUAACAAGACUGUUUUGUAUUUGUCAAACACAGCACAAGAAGUUACUCUCAUCUUCAUAUAGGUACUAUGUUUCUCUGUUUUCCUAGAAGCAUCAACCAUUAGAUGUUGAACAAAUGACAGAUUUUACACAUUUUUUCGGAAACACAAAUCCAUUCCAAAUCCUCAUUUCAAAUACGUAAAAGAACAACAUUUGUGUAUCAAAGUGAGCUGUUUGAAAGUAGUUUAGGAACAAAGCGGAAAAAAUAGUAUUGUAGUUUCCCAUGUUCUGAGCAGAUGCCUAGGUGAUAUUAAUUUUAGUAAUUUAUUUUUUAUACAUUUGACAUAUCAAAGGUAGAUUUCUGUUAUGUAAGAAUAAGUAGCAUCACGAAUAUUGUAGUGUUAUAACUGGCUAGGUAUUAGUUUUCACAUCAGAAGAUACAACAUGGAGUUGAAAGUAGUAACUAAAAUACUACAAGUCAUCACGUGCACACUUUUGACUAAAAAACUAUUGAUCUUAUUAAUAAAUAAAUUACAGAAGCAGCAAAAUGCUGAAUGGACUUAUGUUAAGAGGGUUUCAUGCUAUUUUCUCUGUUUCAGCUCUCGUUCACAAUAAAUGAAUUGUAUAUUACAAAUGUUGCUUGUUCUCUUGAUAUUCUUUAGAUCAUUUUCAAUGCAGACAUGCAAUAGCACCAAUAAUGUAAUUCCAUUGCCGAAACGGAGAAAAUGCAUUCAUUUAGUUGAAUUAAAAGAAGAAACAAUGCAAUGAAAUUAAUCUCUCUAAUGUGUGAUGCUUUGAAUUAUGAGUAGUUUGAAAACUACAUGGAUGCCAAUCAACUUGCCAUAUCUUUAUUAGGAAAGAAUUUAUUCAAAGAAAAAACUACUGUAAUAGUAGGGGAGCCCAAGCGGGGAUUUUGGGAUUUACUCGAGCACGGGAGAAUAACAUAAGGGGGUAACCUUGCACCUUGUGAAAUACUCCUACCAUACCUGGGCUCUUUAUAUGGUGUCAAACUUCUAGGGCAGCCGAUCAGAUUAGUAAAAUUAAAUCGAUCGUUAGAAAAACUCGAGAACGUCAGAUCAAGGCAAGGUCAGUUAAUUACAUGCAGAAAAGUGUGCGUUUCAAUAAUCUGACCAUUUGAGCCUGACAUAAGGAAAGGGGGGAGCUACAAAGUUGCGAAAUAAACGUCACUUGAACCUUCUCGAGCGCCAUUAAUUUUUUUUUAUUCUGAUGGAAAUUAUUCACUGAUCACGGAAGUAACAUAAUAUGCCGAUUUGCACAAGCCAAAGUAGCAAACAUCAUCAAUUAAGUUUGCGUACGUGCAGCCACUAGGAACUAUGUUUUCCCCACUUCGCGCAACUCUGCCUUCAUCUCUCUUUUUUUCACUCGCUCGCACUGUCCCCCUUAGCACAGAUCGAAACCUAGGCUUUCCGCCAGAGCCGAAUUUGAAUGCGCAUGUCCGAAAAAUGACAUUUGACAUAAAUACUGCACUUGUUUUGACCUGUUGUUCUUGAAUAUGUGAAAAUGGUGUUUCAUUUGAAAAACCGGAAAUCCGACAUAUUGUAUUGUUAGGUGAUCAAAUCCGAAAUGGUUGCUAAUAUAACUACCAAAGGACCCCGCACGAAAACACGGGAAAUUGACUGAAAUUUCACUAAGUUGUUGUGUGAGGAUGGCUCAUUAGAAAAAUAUGUGAGUUUGAAAAGUUUUGUAUGUUUAGUUUCUGAGAUAUGCAUUCUUGAGUUUACAGUAUUACAGGGUUAUUACCUCGGAUAUUACUAUCAAAAAUUGAUAUCUCAGAAACGAAACAUAAAAAAUUGAAAAACUUUUUGCAUAUGAUAGUCAAGAGAUUCAAAAUAGUGUGUGUAAAAUGAGAUCCAAAUCUAC